AUGGCUUCGUUGGCUGCAAUGUUGCAUGGGCGGGCCUCACCUGCGGAAGUCGAGAUGGACGAUGCUUUCGAAGAGCUGUUGGGCAGGCUGCAUGCUUGUCACCUACAGGAGGUUCAAGAGUUGCAGCUAGAAAUAACCACACUGCGGCAAGCUGCGCCUUCCCGGCCGAGCCUGAUCAAGGCCAAUGGUGGCACUGCCAAUGAGAUGGGAGAACACGCAGGCUCAAGCCUAGCGUUGCCUAAGGACGAUGAGGGUGAGGACCCACAGGAAGCUAUCAUUGCCAUGUCAAAGGUCCACUCCCAUCCAGAUGACAUCAUGGCAACCUCUGUUGGUACUGCAAAGCACUGGCAGCGGGGAAAGAGGCGGGCGGCGAGCAAGAAGGCAUUGAGAAGAUCAAGCUCUCUUACAUGGGAGGGUAAGAUUCGGCCCUUCCUGCAGAAAAUCAUCACGCAUCCCUGGGUGGAGUGCAUAAUGAGCCUGCUCAUCCUUUGCAAUGCUCUCGUGUUUGCCAUGGAAGCGCAGUACCGGGGGUUGCAUCUAGGGGAAGAUCUGGGAUUCAGCGACAGUGACGAGAGCUGGCCAGGAGCUGGAGAUGUCUUCGCGGCCCUGGAGUUGGCAUUUGGCAUAAUCUUUACAGUGGAAGUUUCUACCAGGUUCCUGGCCGAGGGUUGCAGCUUCUUCAAGGAGGCAUGGAAUUGGCUUGAUGCAUUCGUCAUCCUUGUGUGGCUUGUAGAGAAGCUUGUGAGAAACUUCCCGGUCAACAGCCAAAUUCUUCGCCUCGGGCGGGUGUUUCGGCUGCUUCGGCUGCUGAGGCUGGUCCGAAAGAUACAGCAGUUCGACGCGCUCUUCCUAAUGACUACUGCCAUUCGAAGCAGUGUGUCAGUCCUUGGAUGGACCGUGGCGCUGCUUCUCAUUUGCCAGCUGCUCUUCGCAUUGGUUGUCCAGCAGCUACUGUUUGGCUACUUCUUUGACCCAACUGCACCGGAUCAAGAUGCCCAACUUCGAGUUUACGAGUACUUUGGCACCUUCAGUCGUUCUCUGCUCUCCCUCUUUGAGCUGCUGCUCGCGAACUGGCCGCACAUAUGCCGCCUGCUUGCCGAAGAUGUGAGCGACUGGUGGAUUGUGGCCUGCCUCGUGCACAAGCUGACCAUGGGCUUCGCAGUGAUCGGCGUAAUCAAUGCUGUCCUGAUGCAGGAAACCUUCAAGGUGGCUUAUUUGGACGACACGGUGAUGGUCCGUGAAAAGAUGAAGGCCAAGCGGGCGCACGUGGCCAAGAUGUCUGAGCUCUUUCACGAAGCGGACACUUCUGGGGAUGGCAAGCUGGAUCUCGAGGAGUUCAGACAUGUUCUCAAGAAACACGAGAUCAAAGUCUGGCUUGCAGCCAUGGAUUUGGACGUGAGCAACGUCGAGGAGCUCUUCAACAUGUUAAACACGGCAGGGGAUGGUCGCUUGUCGGCCCUGGAGCUCGUGCAGGGCGUGUCGAGACUCAGCGGGACUGGCAAAGCGCAGGAUGUACGCAAGAUCCUGCAGACAACCCUCCUCAUGGAGAAGCAGCUCCGGGAUCUCGCAGCAAAGCCCACUCUUAUGCGCAGCAGAACGAGCAACCUGCUGCGGGAGCAGCCAGUGGAAACGGAAUCCCCGAUGGUGGAAAUGGAUUUCUAG